UAUGUAUUAUGCUCUCAUUUGUAUUUGUUUUCCCAGUCUUGUUUUGUUGUGGGACAUUGGGCAACAUUUAAAUAUUUCAGGUUUAUCAAGAAAUAAACUCUGCUUUCGUCUGUUCUAUUAUUUGAGCGUAAUUUUCUCUGCAGGGGCCUGUUCCAUAAAACAAGUUUACAAAAUAAACCAGGCUUAUAUGGUAAACUUGCUUUAUGAAACAGCCCCCAGGUUAGUGAUUUUAGAGAGCAGCGUGUAAACGGGACUUUUAUUUUGGUUUCGUGGCAUGACGUCAUAGGGCUGCGCUCCUGCAUCUGUUGUGUUUCGGAUGAAGACAGUCGAUAAUAAAGAUGAAUUCAGUCACUGAUGAAGAGACGAUGGAGAAACGGAGCUUUUCCAAACUUUCCUCAGUCGAACAGACGAUUCUCGAAAUGAUUCAGUGACUCGAUUCAGACACAGAUGACACAGCUGCUCAAAACAACAAACAUGUGAUGACUACUGGGGGCUAUUCCAGAAAGCACGGUUAACUUACGAGAAAGAAACUUGCAGAAAAACUCCCGCUGAAUCAACUGAGAUCCACGUGACACCCUGUUAUAAAGAUGCUGUUUAUUAAAGAGGAGAGGGAAGACAUGAAGAUUGAAGAAACAUUCAGAGUCAAACAUGAAGAUACUGAGGAACAAACAAAGAUGGCGUUUAUUAAAGAGGAGAGUGAAGAAACAUUCAGAGUCAAACAUGAAGAUACUGAGGAACAAGCAGACCUGAUGUCACUAAAAGAGGAGAGACAAAAAUUGAAUGAAAUGGAAGACAAGGAUCAGUGUGUGGAACUUAGUAAUUUUAUAACUGGAAAAAGAACCAUAACGACUGCAAAGACUUCCUCACGAAAAAGAGAUCAUAAGACCAAAUCUAACACCUGCCCUCAGUGUGACAGGAGUUUUAUACAUAAACAAUCUCUUGAGGCCCACAUGAGAGUUCACACUGGAGAAAAGCCUUUCACCUGCCAACAGUGUGGAAAGAGUUUCAGUCAAAGCAAGAGACUCAUGAGCCAUAUGAAAGUUCACACUGGAGAGAAACCCUUCACCUGCUCUCAGUGUGACAGGAGUUUUAUACAUAAACAAUCUCUUAAAGCCCACAUGAGAGUUCACACUGGAGAAAACCCUUUCACCUGCCAACAGUGUGGAAAGAGUUUCGGUCAAAGCAAGAGACUCAUGACCCAUAUGAGAGUUCACACUGGAGAGAAACCUUUCACCUGCUCUCAGUGUGACAAGAGUUUUAUACAUAAACAAUCUCUUAAGACCCACAUGAGAAUUCAUACUGGAGAAAAGCCAUUCACCUGCUCUCAGUGUGAAAGGAGUUUUAUACAUAAACAAUCUCUUGAGGCCCACAUGAGAGUUCACACCGGAGAAAAGCCUUUCACCUGCCAACAGUGUGGAAAACGUUUCACUAAAAAGUGGAGCCUUAUAAAACACAUGAGAAUUCACACUGGAGAAAAACCAUUCACAUGUGAUCAGUGUGGAAAGAGGUUUGCACUAAAAGAAAGCCUAAAUUCUCACAUAAAGGAUCACUUAGGAGAGAAAAGCUAUAUAUGUCAGCAGUGUGGAAAGAGUUUCAGUCAUAAAAGAAUCUUCAAUAUUCACAUGAGAGUUCACACUGGAGAGAAGCCUUACACAUGCUCUCAGUGUGGAAAGAGUUUCGGAUAUAAAGAAAGCUUCAAUACUCACAUGAGAGUUCACACUGGAGAGAAGCCUUACACAUGCUCUCAGUGUGGAAAGAGUUUUGGACAUAAACAAUCCCUUGAUUUCCACUUGAGAAUUCACACUCGAGAGAAACCCUACACAUGUCAACAGUGUGGAAAGAGUUUCUCACGAAAAAGAGACCUUAAGCUUCACAUGGACGUUCACACCGGAGAGAAGCCGUUCACAUGUGAUCAGUGUGGAAAGAGUUUCAGACGUGAAGUAAACCUUAAUCAACAUGUGAAGAUUCACGUCAAGAGAGAACUGUUUUAGAUGUCAGUAUUCACAGACCGGGAAAAACCUUAUGCAUCAUGUAAUAACUGGAGAGAAGUGUGCCAUCACUAGCUACGUAGACCUGAAAUAAUAAAUUAGUAAUCUGAAAAGUCGUCAUGUAAACACAUCAAUCAGUUUGACUAAGCUCGAUCCAAAUGCAAUUUUUACUGGAUUGAAGGGGAGAGUAGACCUGAAAUAAUUUGAUCAGCACACAGCAAAAAAUAAAAAGAGGCAAUGCUGUUAGAUGAUGCAUUUCAUUUUGUUGUAAUAUGUUCGUUCCCUGAACUACAUUCUAUUAAUAUGUUUAAAUGAAAACGAAAAGAGGCAGUGGUGUUUGAUAUCAUAUUUCGUGUUAUUGUAAGGAAAAUUUCAGUAAACAAGUCAAGUUGACUGACGUUAUCUGACUGCUGUUUGCAGAAUUACUGGACUUGCGUAGUCCCGUUCGUGGGACUUCACACUUUUUUUCUUUUUUUUUUUUAAGAGGAAUGUCUGAAGAACAAAUAAUGUUGAAACUAGACAUGUAUCUAUUUUUCUUCCUGUCAAAAUUGUAUGGAAAAUAUCUGUCUGACUGCCAAAAAUAUAAUUUUUCCAAGUACUCCAAAGGACCUCAGUGAGACUCUAUGUCCAGAUUGUUCAAUUUUACCCAUUUUCAGUGGUUGAAAACCAAAUGUUGGUCACUUUGUAUACAGCCCAUACUUUAUUUAAAGAAAAAUGUCUGAAGAAUAAAGUAUGUUGAAAUUAGAAUUGUACCUUGUUUCCUUCUAUUAAAACAGUUGCAUAGAACAUACCUGUCUGGGUGCUAAAAAUGCUCUGAAAUGGUCGAGUUGUUCAAUUCAUAAGAUUCUAUAUUUGAAUCAGUUUCAGGGAUAUUUGGAAGAAGGGAUUUUGUUCAUUUUAACAGCUUCCGAGGCUAUUAAGAGUUUAAGAGUGCAGUAUUGUAACGUUUUAAAAAAUUCCACGCCUCAUAGGGAAAGUUGCUUUCGCCACACAUUGCAUUCACAUCAAUAAACCAAGAUUUACCUCAGCUGGAUUAAUUAUUAGACUUAUUAGAAAAUGAAGGCAGCGUAGACAAACGAAUUGCCAUCACAUUUCUGUGGCGCUGAAAAAGCAUUGAAUACAACCAUACAAAAGUGUUUUGCAUUAGAUGUAAAUAAAUUAAAACAGCGGCCAGUAACACACUUGCUCGUUCUGAGUCCAUUAUUUGUGCUGUGCAGUAGGGUGUGUGAAUAAUGGAAGUAAAAACUUGGCGAAUAAGAAUAAUGUAAAUUGCAUGUAAACGGGAGUGAACAUGACAUGUAAUAUAAUGCGAAUAACUCCUUACUCUGAUUAUAGGAAAUAAUUGCAUUAUUCGUGCACAUGUAAACGUAGUCUAUGAUGUCAAUCCUGUUACUGUCGUUAAUUUAAAAAAAAUUGUAAAAAUCAUAUUUGAUACAGCCUUCCAGGUUUUUCCAUUGUAACUUUAACUAUAUUUUACUUUGGACAAAGCCCUUUUUUAAAUAUCUCUCUUAAUUGACAUGGUCACCCUCCAAAAUUAGGAUGUUCUUGGUCAUCU